AUGUUCACAGGAAAAUUCCUAAGAGCCCUUUACCAAUGUCUUGGGGUUAAACCGGCAUUCUCCUCCGCGUACCACCCGGAAUUGGAUGGUCAAACAGAGAGGGUCAACCAGUUCAUUGAAUUCUACCUCCAAUCCUAUGUUGCCGCGGAUCACUCAGACUGGGCCACGUGGUUACCCCUGGCAGAAUACGCCUAUAACAAUGCCAAACACUUGGCUACUGGGAAAACCCCCUUUGAAUUGGUCUACAGAAGAAAUCCGGUGAUGAACCCCUCCAACGUACCAUCUAAUGUCCCUGAGGCAGACCAAGUAGCCAACACCCUGGCCAAGGAAUGGAAGGAGGCCAAAUCAGCCCUGAAAAUGAGCAAGGAAAGAAUGGUCAGGAAUAAUGGAAGAAUCCCCAAGUACUCAGUAGGCAAGAAAGUUUGGCUAGACGGAAAAAACAUGGAAUUAAGGACCAAUUCUAACAAGCUAGACCCAAAACAACUAGGACCCUUUGAAAUAACAGAGAAAGUAUCCAGUCACUUGUACCGCCUCAAACUACCAGAAACCCUGAGGAUCCACAACGUGUUCUAUGUGGGAUUACUGUCCAAGGCUCACAAAUCUCCAAACCAACCGUUUCCCAAACGCCUGCCCCCGGAAACAAUAGAGGGAGAGGAAGAAUAUGAGGUUGAACAAAUCAUUGAUUCUAAGCGGCAACAAGGAAAGUGGUCUUACCUGAUAAAAUGGAAGGGAUACGGCCCAGAAGACAAUUCCUGGGAACCUGAAGAGUUGCUGGAACACAGCCAGGAAGAGAUCAGGCGCUUCAACAAAGCUAGACUCAGAAAGGCUUGUGACGCCGCCAAGAGCCUUUAA